AACCAUAUCAACUAAUCUGUCAUUUAUGUAGGUAGGUACGGUAGUAAAGUAGACCGGUAAUCAAAAUAAUGAUAACAUUAUAACGAUCGCAGAGCUAUUAUACUUUAUGAUCAGUAAAUUUUCUUUAAAGCAAUAUUCGUGUCACAAAUUUAUCCAUUUUAUUUUGACACUCUUCUAUCUAUCAAACUAAAAUAUUAUUUUUAUAUUUGGGUAAAAAUUGCUUCGUGUCCUCGAGGUAUGUAGUUUUAUCAAAAAUAAAGGAGUUCUAAAUAAACCAACGUUUAUAGUUCUCGUCAUCGUUUCUCUAGAACUGUACUUACUUUAAAGUAGCAACAAUAUUUUUAAUACAAUUACGGUUUCUGAUCCUGACACAUAAUGAAGUCUCAGCAAUCGGAAUUAUGUUCUCUCUAUACCAAGAUAUUCGUAGUGGUUUCUUGUUACUGGGUGGUGUCAAUAGUGACAGUAUUUGUUAAUAAGACACUAUUCAGCAGUCAAACAGUGGCUCUUGAGGCGCCUCUAUUCAUAACUUGGUUCCAGUGUAUAAUUUCAUUCUCAAUUUGUUUUACAUUGAGUCAAAAUGGUGGAGUUCCUGGUAUAUUUUCCUUUCCAAAAGGAACACCUUGGAGUAUGGACGUCAUGAAAAAGGUGAUUCCACUGGCAAUAAUGUAUACUUUGAUGAUAGCCACAAAUAAUUUGUGUUUGAAGCAUGUAGGAGUACCGUUCUAUUAUGUAGGAAGAUCUCUGACCACAGUCUUCAAUGUUGUAUUUAGCUGGAUAUUAUUAAGACAGGCAACAUCGUCCAGAUGUAUUUUGUGCUGCGCCUUCAUUAUAUUCGGAUUCUAUCUUGGAGUUGAUCAAGAAAACUUAUUAGGGUCAUUUUCCCUUAUAGGAACAAUCUAUGGAGUGGUUGGUUCCCUCAUGCUAUCCUUGUACUCUAUAUUCACAAAGAAGGUUUUACCAUAUGUUAACCAAGAAGUAUUGUUAUUGUCGUACUACAAUAAUGCAUACUCCAUAAUACUUUUCAUACCGCUAAUGUUAAUCAACGGAGAAAUGACAGUUUUGAUGAACUACACUAAUUUCCAAAGCACCUACUUCUGGUUUCAAAUGGUAAUAGGUGGUCUAUGCGGUUUUGCAAUAGGAUACUGUACUUCUCUACAGAUAAAGGUAACAUCACCUCUGACACACAAUAUAUCUGGCACAGCAAAGGCUUGUGCGCAAACGGUGAUCGCGACGCAGUGGUACAACGAAAGUAAAAAUGCGCUUUGGUGGACGUCCAAUUUAAUAGUACUAGCCAGUUCAGCUUUAUACGCAAGAUUCAAGCAGUUGGAGAUGGAAGUUAAAUCAAAGACGCCAGUGCCUGAAGAAAAACAGAGCUUAGUAUAAAUUUAUUUAGGUAUAUCCUUUUUUUUUGUGUCCUAAUACAUUCCGUUAUUAGUUAAAUGUUGAGAAAUUUUAUUUACAAAUUAUAUUUACACCGUCAAUGUGUCGUCCUACGCGUGACAAAUUGAGUCUGACACUAUCGUCCGACAACGACUAAGAAUUAUCAAUUUUUCAAAAUUUUAUUUAGUUAAUAUGUAUAUGUUAUUCUUAAACACUAUACAACCAAGAAGUCUCCCUGAAAAAUAAGUUAGAAAUAGUGUAGAGGAAUGAGACGUUUUUUUAAAAAAUCCGUCUCAAUAUCUACCUAGAUGUGUACACUUACUUACACUUAGUCUUGUGCUAUGAAGCCUUAUAGGAAUAGAUAGAUAGGCUUAUAGAAAUAUAUAUGUAUAUAUAUAAAUAAUAUAUAGAAAGUAAGUGGGUAGGGUAGGUUCUUAUUUGCUCCUAUAUUUUUUAUACCAGUUUUGUUUUUUUUAUCUGACUGACGCGAUGUCGCAAUAGGUCGUAAUCCAAUAGCAUCCGAAAUAUAUACAUACUGAAAAUAUGUCUGAUUUUUGUCAGAUAGCUAAAUAUUAGUGUAGCUGUCUCAAUGUCAGAUUGUUUCUUUCAGACGAGAGAAUAUUUAGUGUAUUAUGUAUAUUGUCUAUAAUAUUAAGCAUAUUAUCUAUACACGAGAGCAUAAUGUGUCUAUAGCAGUGAUUCUGAACCUUUUUUUUGUUGCGGCACAUAUUUAACGAUUUCAAAAUUUGGCGGCACACAAAGAAAAAGAUAAAAGUUAUUUACUUACUACCGAAUCACAUACAUUUGCCGAUUUUAACGAAAGAAAAUGUGCAGUAACUACUAUGCAACACCUUGUGAAUCCCAACUAUCACUAAAACAACACGUUUUGUACGCAGAAAUGGCAAGUGUGCGCCGAAUUGAGACAUAUUCCUAUUGCUAUGCACGCCGCUUCUUCAUAAUUUGGCACUAAGAAAAACCGCGUUGCAAAGCAAAUAAUAAAAUAAUUAAUUUUUUUGUGGAUUUAAAUAUAUAUUCAUGUUAAAAAUAUUUUUCUUUUUAAAUGAUAUAAUUUAAUAAUAUUAACAUUAUUACAUAUUUGCAAAAUUUGGCGGCACACUUUUGAAAUUUGGCGGCACACAAAAGUGCCGCGGCACAGUGGUUGAGAAUCACUGGUCUAUAGAUUUGUUUCUUCAAACCUGCUUAAAAACAGUGAAAUGAGUACACAGACCAAAGAGAAUUUAUUAGAUGUUGGAUGAAAUUAUUUUCAUUUAAGAAUACGGUUCCUUAUUCGAUUUAGCCUGAAUCUUUUGAAUUUUUAUAAUAAUUAUAUUCUUUAAGUUAGGUAAUUUGAAUAUUAUGUAAUGUUUUUUAUGUGUGACCAUUUCAGAAUUUAAAUACUAGAAUGUUGUCCAGAAAAUAUUUGUAUAAUAUUUUUAAUUGAACAGAAAUUGGGUAAUUAUCUUUUAAAAAAAGAGUAUUUAUCUAGUCAUCUGGUUAAAUAUAUACAUAAUGGUAUAAUAUUUAUGAAAAUACUGUUUUAGCGAUUGUUUGUAUUAUUGAGAGGAUAAUAUUUUUUUCUGUUCGCUUCACUCGACACUAGGUAUCGGAUUUUUACCAGGGAAAAUUUGUUCAUGAGCGUUUUUGUAUUAUUUGGGAUUGUUUAAAAUAUAUGUAUUAGCAACUUAAAAGUAUUAUUUAUAUAAUAUAAUUUAAACAAUGACAUAAACACUAGAUCUUAAUCGUAUAGAUAAGACCUUUGCAAUAUUUUUGUAUUUUGAGACCAAAAAUAAGUUUUUAGAUUCGAUUGGAUCAAUAAUGUGAUCGUACAGUUCUAUGCCAUAAUUAUUGUUCCAAUUUUUUGUAAAGAGCGUGUUAUUAAACGAUAUCCAUUCUGUGUA